AUGGCUGAUGAAUUUGAUCCAUUAAAACAAACAACGGCUAAACCCGUUGAAGAGUUAUAUGCAACAAUAAAAAAGAAUCCAGAAAAUAUGGAUGAUGAUCUUCUUCGUCCUGAAUUCGAAAGUAUUUCAAAAACAGGACCUAAUCAAACAAAUACACCUACUGAACAAAAAUCACAAGAAGACGUUUAUCAAAAACUUAAUCAUACACAAAAUGCACCGAAAGCUUCGAUUCGAUCAACAAAUCCAUUUGAGAAAGAUGUUCAAAAAUCAACAGUUUCAACUAAUGUCACUCAACAGCUUUCGCAAGAACAAAUAAGAGCAAUAACAGUGCCUGAAAAACGAAAAGAACCACGCUGGCAAGAUAUUGAAGGUUACAGUGAUCAAGAUUACGACUCAACAAAAGAACACAAUAGUUAUCCUGCUGAAUAUUACGAAGAUCCAUCAGCAACAAUGGAUCGUCUCGUUCAACGUUUCCCAUCUUUAAGUAUUUUUUAUAAACCAACAGCAUGUGAUUCAUCAGAAGUUUAUGGCGAUGAAUAUCAACCUGAAUAUGUUGAAGAAGUUGAAAGUGAUGAAGCACCAGAAUUAACUGCUGCAAAUCAAUUACCACGUGAAAUAACAGCUGAUGAUUUAGCUUUAAACGAACGAUAUUCAAACAAACUACGUACGCAAAUAAUAGAUCUUCAAAUAAAAGAACACAGACAACCCAUUGAUGUUUCUAUUCAUCAUGAAAGUUAUACAUUAUAUUCAUGUGACGUUGGUCGAAGUAUUGUAGAAAUAUUUGAUAUGUAUGGAAAACUUCAACAUACUAUUAAUGAUCCUGCAACAACUAAAUUUCAACCAACAGCUAUUGCUGUUGCAUAUGAUGGUACAGUAAUACUUGGAAGCCAUUUUCAUCAUUGUCUUCAUAUGUAUUCACCUAUUGAUUUACACGAAACUGAAGAUGUUGCACAAAAUGAAAUUUUACAAGAUGAAUAUCAUUUUAAACAAUAUAAAUUAGGUUCACCUGGUCAUGAUGUACAUCAAUUUCAUCAUCCAGCUGGCAUUGCUAUUGAUUUUACUGAUGGUUAUUUAUAUGUGUGUGACCGAGGAAAUUUUCGUAUACAAGUUAUGCGACCAGAAGGAGUAUGUGAACGAGUUAUUGAAUUACUAACACGUGAUGAAGAAGGAGAAUGUCAAAUAUCUCCUAUGCAAAUAACUCAUCAACAAAAUACACAACAAAUUGUUUGUAUCGUUGAUCAGGGUGAUGCUUUGUGUUUGAUUCCAAAAAAUGCUGAUGGGCCAACAUAUGUUGAACCAUUCUAUGUUGUUGAUAGCGAUGGAUUAGGUCUUGCAGGUGCCUCUGGUAUAGCUGUAGAUGCUGAUGAUCGAAUUUUUAUAGCGGAUACAGGUCAUCAUCGUAUUGUUAUUUGUACACCUGAAGGUGAUUAUAUAACACAUUUUGGUGUAGAAGGUACUGCAUCAGGUGAAUUAAAACGUCCAUGUGGCUUAGAUAUAACAAGCGAUGGAACAGUUGUUGUUGCUGAUAGUGGUAAUAAACGAUUACAAUUAUUCGGUUCAAUACGUGAACAAACAAUUGAAGGAAAUCAAUCUUCAAUAAAUUAA